GGAGGGAUUUAGAAAACAAAGAGUUAGAGUCUUCAUGUUGAGUUUGUCCUCAGUUCACAAACCACAAACCCCCCCCCCAUGCAUGUUCCAGAGUAAAACCUAGAUUGACCAUCAGGGGUCUGGAGAGGAGAGUAAGACGUAGCUUGCUAGGAGUUUUUUUUUUAUCAGCGUCAGAUGAGGAGACAAGUGAGUGAUGAAAAGAGAUAGAGAGCUGAGAUGACAGCUGCUUGACGGAGAAGGAGGAGGCAGCACAUGUAAAACGUCAAAUGUAAAACACAGAGGAUGUAACACGUUGGAGAGAAACAGAGAAAGACGUCCAUAUGCUAAGAAUGAGUGACACUCCAAUAGAGCUUGAGCCUCAGCUAUCAGUCCAACCAUCGUCACAGCCAGAACCUGAGAAGGGGCUUCAGCUGCCACUCCCCACCCAAGAUCCUUCAGAGGCCCAGCAACAAGCUCAGCUCCAGCCUGAGCUUCAUCAACUAGAGUUUGAGUCUAACCCUGAGCACCAGCUCAGUGAAGAAGCCAAACCACUGUGGAUAAAACGUCAAAGGCUUCUCUCUCUCCUCUUUUCGAUGUUCUGCUUGUUUGCUGCCAUUCUGGGACUGAUUUACUACAUGCAUCAUAAUCUCCAAAGUGGAAGUUAUAACCAGGAAGGCGCCGUGACUCCAUGUCUCUCCCAAGCCUGUCAAAGGGCCUCAGCCCAUCUCUCCAUGUCUGCUGAUCCCUUCACGCAGCCCUGUGACUACUUCUUGUUCUCAUGUGGAUCUGACAGAUUUUCACCAGACAAUGGGGGGAGGCAAAGAGGGCACGGCAUCCCCGGACAUCCACAGAACCAGAGGGAAAAGGCCGUGUGGGCAAAGAGGAGAAGACAAAGUGAGGAGAGAGAAGACAGAGGACUGAGAGAGGGGAAAAUACUAAACAGAAAAAAUGUGCUGCUGCAGUAUCUCAGGGAGAUUUUGGAAUCCAAUGACAGGACGACUAAUUCAGCAGUGCAGAAGGCCAAAGGAUUCUACCGUUCCUGUUUGGACACCAUAUCCAUAGAGAGUGCUGGAGCAGAGCCCUUCCUCACACUCAUCCAGAAACUUGGAGGUUGGGCAGUAUCAGGCCAGUGGAAUCAGACUGACUUCAACUCCACCUUGAGCCUGCUAAUGAGAGACUACGCCACCUUUCCAUUCUUCAACCUUUAUGCUGGCAAAGACCCAAAUGAAUCUGCCAACGGGACAACCAAAAAAUACAUACAGAUUGAUCAGCCAGACCUGUUGAUCCCGAUUGAAUGGAACAGCAAGACGCAGAAGUCUCAAGCUAAAACUCAGACGCUACGUCCGUUCUUAGCAUCAUGCCAGAGGUACCUGGCCCUGCUGGGGUCCCCAUCCAGCACCAGCAUGAUCCAUGUGGGGAUGUUCAUCUCUCUGUCCUCUGAGCUCGCUGUGGCUGCUGCACCUCUGCCCUAUCGCCUGUCAAAAGGACAGCUCUAUCAGCGCAUGACCAUCAAAGAGCUACAGAGCCAGGCCCCUGCCAUUGAUUGGUUGGGUUGUCUGCAGGCUGCUUUCCAUCCGCUCCACCUCACUGAAGACGAUCACAUCUUUCUGCAUAACCUACCCUACAUUGUGCAAAUGUCCCGCAUCAUUACCAAAUGGCUGAACAGGCACGAGCUGAGCGCCAGUACUUCCCUUCAUACUUAUAUGGUCCUAAAUCUGCUGCACACCCUGAUGCCGGCCAUGGACUCCAGAUUUUCUGAAACCGUGGCUCCGGGUAACUCUGAAAAGGCAGUUCCUCGCUGGAAACACUGUGUGUUGGAAACUGAGAGAGGAUUUGACUCGGUUCUCACACACCUUCUCAGAGACAGGUCGGCACACAGAGAGGCAGAGGAGAUUAUUCAAAACAUUUUUUCCUCCCUCAAGUCCGAAUUACAUGAACUCAAUUGGACAGAUCAGACGUCUAUGGAACAGGUUCAGUCUCGAAUUCCAAGACUCUGGACUACAGAGGAGAUCGCUGAUGAAGCCGAGCUCGACCUGCUUUUUUCUGAGGUGUCAGUCAGCGAACAUAGUUUCUUCUCCAACUACGUCCAGCUACUGUCCGUGUGGCAGAAGAGACGCACUAAACUCUUGACUGGGCAGGAUGAGGCAGCUGACGUUUUGUCUAUCACACCAUUUCUCCGAGGUAAUGAGCUCAUCUUUCCAAUGGGAAUGUUUGUCCCUCAUCUCUUCCAUGCUACCUAUCCCAGAGCUAUGAAUUAUGGUGCACUGGGUUUCCUCAUUGCCAAAGAUAUCCUCCACCUGCUUCUGCCUGACAUUUACUCUCAGAGUGAGUCGGUGCAUGCUGUGGGGGAAUGCGUGUGGACUCACUACCUCACUGUGACAGAGAAAGCAGGGGGAGUUGGAGCGUUUUCUCUCUCAGCAGCACAGCAGCAGGAGGUGUGGGUGCAGUAUUCUGCACUGAAGAUAGCAUUGCAGGCUUAUCACCAGAGUCUAAAGAACCACCCGGGUGACACUUCCAUCUUAGGAUUCUCACACACUCGUCUGUUUCUCACAUCUUUUUCUCAGGUUAACUGUGACUCUGACCCAUACAGUAAAUUCAUGCCCUUGGAGCCGUCCUUCUUGAUCACAGCCAUUUGUGCCAAAUCUCACCUGUGUCCUACAAGCCUAGAGUGCCCUAAUAAAACCCAGCAGGAGUUAUUAAAAAGAUGCUGAAUAGGCGACCAACAGGAUGUUUUUUGUUUCUGAAUAUUCUGGAUUGUGCGGUAGAAGUUAAGUAAGCACACUGUGUAUGUUGGCAUGUUGCAAAUAAACAAAAAUUUAUGGGAAGACUACCUGCAGUUGGCUAUGUACAAGCCAAGAAACUGUUUUUGUAUGAGCCUUAUUAUUGUUAAGAUGUGUUUGCAUGUUCCAUUAAUUGCACAAGAGGUUUAGUAUUAGAUGUAAUAUUCUUAUUUUAUUUAUAUGAAAUAAAUAGAAUAAACAUUUAUGUACAAUUUCAUGUUUUUAUGUUCAUUUUAUG